UGUCCUUGCCGCAAGUCACGAGACUCACGAGCAGAGCAGUCCGUUCUCGCUAAUUCGCUACGCGUCGGCGCUCAUCUUGUUUGCGUAUUCUUGCGACACGUCUCGCUAGCAGCGGCGGGCGGUAUUCAGCGGCGUUUUCCGUGAUUAUACACGUCACGACGACUCGCGACGCACGGACGCAGGAUCAGGAUCUCGUGAUUUCAUAGUUCGGCGAACGACCUUUACAAGUUCUUCCAUUGCGACAGUUUAACUCUUCAAUAGGCAAAAUGAGCUACGGUUAUCAAGGGCCACCUGUUCAGUUUCCGGGACGAGCACGACCACCAACAUCAUUUGGGGCUCCACCUGAUGCACCCUCUGCCCCUGGUGCUCCGUCUUAUCCUCCAGUGGGCUUCUCAAAUGCUCCAUCGUCUUUUGGCAUGCCUCAACCAUACUCUCAGCUCUCUCAGGCGCCGACUCCCUAUCCAGCACAGCCCAUGUCUCCUCCUGGCUAUGCACACGCACAAACCAAUAGUUAUCCUCCACAACAAAUGCCGUAUCCCCAAUCUACGUCCACAUGUUAUCCCCAAUCUACGUCCACGUGUUAUCCCCAAUCUACGUCUACAUAUUAUCCCCAAUCUGUGCCCGCAUGUUAUCCCUCUAAUCAAUCUGCACCAUCCCCUUACCCGCAACAGCAAAAUUAUAAUACAUAUCCUAAUCUUCAAACAGCACCAGACGCUAAAGAAUAUUUUAACAAUAUGUCUCCUUCCCCCUAUUCCUCUGGACCAAAUACACAUGCAGCUAAUUCAAUUCCAUACCAAAGUGGAAGCUAUCCCGGGGGGCAGAGGGUAAGCUCGAAAUAUUCUUACGCUGGUAAUCCACCUACUGCUGCUGCGCGUGGUACUGCCCCAGCCCCCCGGGAGACAUAUCUGUUUACACCUAAGAUCUCUCCCACGGUUGUGCCUUACGAUGGCUUUGAUGCCAGAGCGGAUGCGGAAAGUUUAAGAAAAGCUAUGAAAGGGUUUGGCACCGAUGAGAAAGCUAUUAUUCAUGUUCUUGCAAAUCGCAGUAAUCUACAGCGCCAAGAGAUUUCAUCUCAAUUUAAGACUCUUUAUGGAAAGGAUUUGAUAAAGGACUUGAAGUCUGAGCUAUCAGGAAACUUCGAAAAACUUGUUCUUGCUUUGAUGACCCCCCUACCUCAAUAUUAUGCUAAAGAACUCCACGAUGCAAUGUCUGGUAUUGGUACCGAUGAGACAGUACUCAUUGAAGUAUUAUGUACACUGUCCAAUCAUGAAAUUUCGAUCAUUAAACAAGCAUACGAAGCGAUGUAUGGAAGAACGUUGGAAGAUGAUUUAAUCGGUGAUACAUCUGGCAAUUUCAAACGCCUGAUGGUAUCAUUAUGUUGUGCCAAUAGAGAUGAGUCAUUUAAUGUGAAUCAAGCUGCUGCAAUGGAAGAUGCCAAACAACUCUUGCAAGCUGGCGAGCUUCGAUUUGGUACGGAUGAGUCUACUUUUAACGCGAUUCUCGUCCAAAGAAACCUGGCACAAUUGCGACAGAUCUUCACAGAAUACCAUAACAUAACGGGCCACGAUAUUGAGAAUGCGAUUGAAAACGAGUUUUCGGGCGAUAUUAAAAAGGGUCUCCUUGCAAUUGUGAAGUGUGUCAAGAACAGAGCCGGUUUCUUCGCCGAACAGUUGUACAAAAGCAUGAAAGGUCUUGGUACGGAUGAUAGCCGCCUCAUUCGACUUGUUGUGACACGUUGCGAAGUGGAUAUGGGUGAAAUAAAAAAUGCAUUUGCCCAUCAGUAUGGAGAGUCAUUGGAAGAUUUCAUAUCUGGUGACUGCUCAGGACAUUACAAAAAAUGCCUAUUGGCACUAGUGCAGACCUAAAAUAUUUUCGGUUAUACAUGAACUUUUUUCGUUGCAUUUAUCAUUCAUCUUUUUACAAAUACGUACAACGUAUGUAUACAAAAAACUGUCCAACUUCUUUUCUUAUUUUAAUUUUUUAAAAGUUAUGCCAGUGACAAUAACGUAGCUUUGAAACAUGUAAAUGAACUUAUUUUUAUAUGCAAAGUUUAUAUAUGAAGAUAUUUUGAGAUAUAUGUAUAUAUCUGAGAUAUAUAUACACAAUGCAAGUACUUAAAUUCAUGAUUUUGUAAAAUUAUUGAUGAUUAUAUACAGAAUCACUAGCCAUAUUGAUGAAUACUAACAAUUUCAAAUAGUUUUUCAAAAUCACCUAUAAUUUUAUGAAAGUAAUUAAAUAUCGAAAGUGAAUACACAUUAAUUGCCUUAAUUUAAAAGAUUCAUUAAUAAGUGCAUUUAAUUGUUAUUUUUUAUUCAUCAAUAUAUUUAGUUAGUGACUAUAGAAUUA